AUGGAGGUAAUGGUGGAAAUGGCAGCAAUGGUGGAGAUGGAGGUAUUGGAAGUAGUGGUAGUGAUGCUGGCUAUGGAGGAGAUGGGGGUGAUCGUGGUGAUGGAGGCAUUGCUGGUGAUGCUGGUGAUGGAGGAGUUGGUGGCGAUGGUGGCAAUGGAGGCAAUGGUGGUGAUGCUGGCGAUGGGGGAAAUGGAGGCAAUUGAUGGAGGUAAUGGUGGAAAUGGAGGUGGUGGUGGAGAUGGAGGUGACAAAGCCAGUGGUAGUGAUGCUGGCAAUGGAGGAAAUGGUGGUGAUGGAGGAAAUGGUGGUGAUGCUGGAGAUGGUGGCAAUGGUGGGGUUGAUGGUGAUGGAGGUGAUGGUGGAGAUGGAGGUGAUGCAGGCAGCAGUAGUAAUGUCAGCAAGGGAGGAGAUGGUGGUGAUGGAGGCAAUGGUGGUGAUGCUGGUGAAGGAGGAGAUACUGGGGAUGGUGGUGAUGGAGGCAAUGGUGGUGAUGCUGUUGAUGGAGGUAAUGGUGGAAAUGGAGGUGAUGGUGGAGAUGGAGGUGAUGGAGGCAGCAGUGGUGAUGCUGGAGAUGGAGAAGAUGGUGGUGAUGGUGGCAACGGAGGCAAACGUGGUGAUGCUGGCGAUGGUGAAAAUGGAGGCAAUGGUGGUGAUGGAGGUGAUGGAAGUGAUGGAGGAAAUGGAGGUGAUGGUGGAGAUGGAGGUGACGGAGCCAGUGGUAGUGAUGCUGGCAAUGGAGGAGAUGGCAGUGAUGGAGGCAAUGGUGGUGAUGCUGUUGAUGGAGGUAAUGGUGGAAAUGGAGGUGAUGGUGGAGAUGGAGGUGAUGGAGACAGCGGUGGUGAUGCUGGCAAUGGAGGAUAUGGUGGUGAUGGUGGUGAUGGAGGCAUCGGUGGUGAUACUGGUGAUGGAGGACAUGGUGGUGAUGGUGGCAAUGGAGGCAACGGUGGUGAUGCUGGUGAUGGAGGUGAUGGUGGAAAUGGAGGCGAUGGUGGAGAUGGAGGUAACGGAGCCAGUGGUAGUGAUGCUGGCAAUGGUGGAGAUGGUACUGAUGGAGGAAAUGGUGGUGAUGCUGGCGAUGGAGGUGAUGGUGGAAAUGGAGGAGGUGGUGGAGAUGGAGAUGACAGAGCCAGUGGUAGUGAUGCUGACAAUAGAGGAGAUGGUGGUGAUGGAGGCAAUGUUGGUGAUGCUGGAGAAGGAGGAGAUGCUGGGAAUGGUGGUGAUGGAGGCAAUGUUGGUUAUGCUGGUGAUGGCGGUAAUGGUGGAAAUGGAGGUGAUGGUAGAGAUGUAGGUGAUGGAGGCAACGGUUGUGAUGCUAGAGAUGGAAGAGAUGGUAGUGGGGGUGGCAACGGAGGCAACAGUGGUGAUGUUGGAGAUGGACGUGCUGGUGGAAAUGGAGGCAAUGGUGGUGAAGGAGAUGAUGGAAGCUGUGGUGGUGAUGCUGCUGGAGAUGGAGGAAAUGGUGGUGAUGGAGGCAAUGGCGGUGAUGCUGGCAAUGGAGGUGAUCGUGUAAAUGGAGGCAAUGGUGGAGAUGUAGGCAAUGGAGGCAGUGGUAGUGAUGCUGGCAAUGGAGAAGAUGGUGGUGAUGGUGGUGAAGGAGGCAAUGGUGGUGAUGCUGGUGACGGAGGAGAUGGUGGUGAUGGUGGCAAUGGUGGUGAUGCUGGUUAUGGAUGUGAUGGUGGAAAUGGAGGUGAUGGUGGAAAUAGAGGUGAUGGAGGCAGUGGUAGUGAUACUGGCAAUGAAGGAGAUGGUGGUGAUGGUGGUGAUGGAGCUAAUGGUGGUGAUGCUGGUGAUGGAGGAGAUGGUGGUGGUGGUGGCAUUGGAGGCAAUGGUGUUAAUGCUAGCAAUGGUGGAAAUGGAGGCAAUGGUGGUGAUGGAAGUGAUGGAGGAGGUGGUGGUGAUGCUGGAGAUGGAGGAGGUGUUGCUGAUGGUGGCAAUGGAAGCAACAGUGGUGAUAUUGUAGAUGGAUGUGAUGGUGGAAAUGGAGGCAAUGGUGGUGAUGGAGGUGUUGGAAGCAGUGGUGGUGAUGCUGGAGAUGGAGGAGAUGGUGGUGAUGGAGGCAAUGGCGGUGAUGCUGGCGAUGGCGGUGAUGGUGGAAAUGGAGGUGAUGGUGAAGAUGCAGGUGAAGGAGGCAGUCGUGGCGAUGCGCUAGAUGAUGGUGAUGGAGGCAAUGGCGGUGAUGCUGGUGAUGGAGGUGAUGGUGGAAAUGGAGGUGAUGGAGUAGAUGGAGGUGAUGGAGCUAGUGUUAGUGAUGCUGGCAAUGGAGGAGAUGGUAGUGAUAGAGGAAAUGGUGGUAAUGCUUGUGAUGGUGGCAAUGGUGGUGAUGCUGGUGAUGGAGGUGAUUGUGGAAGUGGUGGUUAUGGUGGAGAUGGAGGUGAUGGAGUCAGCUGUAGUGAUGCUGGCAAUGGAGGAGAUGGUGGUGAUGGAGGCAAUGGUGGUGAUGCUGGUUAUGAAGAAGUUGGUGGUGAUGCUAAUGAUAGAAGAGAUGGUAGAUAUGGUGGCAAUGGAGGUAACUGUGGUGAUGCUGGUGAUGGUGGAAAUGGUGGUAAUGGUGGUGAUGGGGGUGAUGUAGGUAAUGGUAAAAAUGGAGGUGAUGGUGGAGAUGGAGGUGAUGGAGGCAGUGUUGGUCAUGCUGGUGAUGGAGGAGAUGGUGCUGAUGGUGGCGACAGAGGCAACGGUGGUGAUGCUGGAAAUGGACGUGAUGGUGGAACUGGAAGCAAUGGUGGUGAUGGAGGUGAUGGAAGCAGUGGUGGUGAUGCUGGAGAGGGAGGAGAUGGUGCUGAUGGUGGAGAUGGAGGUGAUGGAGGCAGCAGUAGUGAUGCCAGUAAUGGAGGAGAUGGUGGUGAUGGAGGCAACAGUGGUGAUGCUGGUGAUGGUGGAAAUGGAGGCAAUUGUGAUGAUGGAGGUGAUGGAGGCAGUGGUGGCGAUGCUGGAGAUGGAGGAGAUGGUGGUGAUGGAGGCAAUCGCGGUUAUGCUGGUGAUGGAGGUGAUGGUGAAAAUGGAGGCGAUUGUAGAGAUGCAGGUGACGGAGCCAGUGGUAGUGAUGCUAGCAAUGGAGGGGGUGGUGGCAAUGGUGGAAAUGGUGGUGAUGUUGGUGAUGGAGGAGAUGGUGGUGAUGGUGGUGAUGGAGGCAAUGGUCGUGGUAGAGGUGCUGAUGCUGGUGAUGGAGGAGAUCGUGGUGAUGGAGGCAAUGGCGGUGAUGCUGGCGAUGGUGGUGAUGGUGGUGAUGGAGGCAAUGGUGGUGAUGCUGGUAAUGGAGGUGAUGGUGGAAAUGGUGGAGAUGGAGCUGAUGGAGGCAGUGGUGGAGAUUCUGGCAAUGGAGGUGAUGGUGGAAGUGGUGGUGAUGGAGGAGACAGUGGCACUGGUGGUGAUGCUAGCAAUGGAGGAGGUGGUGGCAAUGGAGGAAAUGGUGGUGAUGUUGGUGCUGGAGGAGAUGGUGGUGAUGGUGGUGAUGGCGGCAAUGGUGGUAGUAGAGGAGCUGAUGCUGGUGAUGGAGGAGAUCGUGGUGAUGGAGGCAAUGGCGGUGAUGCUGGCGAUGGUGGUGAUGGUGGAAAUCGAGGCGAUGGUGGAGAUGGAGUUGAUGGAGGCAGUGGUGGCGAUGUUGGCGAUAGAGGAGAUGGUGGUGAUGGUGGUGACGGAGGCAAUAUUGGUGAUGCUGGAGAUGGAGGAGAUGGUGGAAAUGGAGGUGAUGGUGGUGAUGCAGUUGAUGGAGGCAGUGGGUGUGAUGCUGGAAAUGGUGGUGAUGGAGGCAAUGGCGGUGAUGCUGGCAAUGAUGGUGAUGGUGGAAAUGGAGGUGAUGGUGGAGAUGGAGGUGAUGGAGGCAGUGGUAGUGAUGCUGGCAAUGGAGGAGAUGGUGGUGAUGGAGGCAAUGGUGGUGAAGUGGGUGAUGGUGGAAAUGGAGGUUAUGGUGGAGAUGGAGGUGAAGGAGGCUGUGGUGGUGAUGCUGGAGGUGGGGGAGAUUGUGGUGAUGGAGGCAAUGGCGGUGAUGCUGGUGAUGGAGGUGAUGGUGGCAAUGGACGAGAUAGAGGUAAUGGAGGCAGUGGCGGCAAUGCUGGUGAUGGAGGUGAUGGUGGAGAUGGUGGUGAUGGAGGUUGUGGUGGAGGUGCUGGUGAAGGAACGGAUGGUGGAAAUGGUGGUGAUGGUGGAGAUGGAAGUGAUGGAGGCAGUGGUGGUGAUGCUGGUGAUGGUGGUAUUGGUGGUGAUGGAGGCAAUGGUGGUGAUGCUGGUAAUGGAGGUGAUGGUGGAAAUGGUGGAGAUGGAGGUGAUGGAGGCAGUGGUGGAGAUUCUGGCAAUGGAGGUGAUGGUGGAAGUGGUGGUGAUGGAGGAGACAGUGGCACUGGUGGUGAUUCUGGCAAUGGAGGAGAUGGUGGUGAUGCUGGUAAUGGUGGAGGUGGAGGAAGUGGAGGUGAUGGUGAAAAUGGAGGAGAUGGAGGAGGCAAUGGUGGUAAUGGUGGCAAUGGAGGUAAUGGUGGAGAUGGAGGUAAUGGUGGAGAUGGUGGAGAUGGCAGUAAUGGAGGCGAUGGUGGAGACGGUGGUGAUGGUGGCAACGGAGGUAAUGGAGGUAAUGAUGAAGAUGGCCAGUCUAAUAAUGAAAGUGGCAGCAGUGAUGGAGGCAGUGAUUCUGAUGGUGGCAUUGGUGACUGCCCAGCCGUUGGCAGUUGUCCAUUACACGAAGAUGCUGGAUCAGAUGUUACACUGUUGCCCCAUGCCACUGAUUGUGGACAGUAUUGUGUAUGUGAUCAUGGCAUUCCAGUAGCCACGCCUUGUCCUGGUGGACUCCACUUCAACCCAGAGCUGAGAGUCUGCGACUGGCCAUAUGCUGCUGGUUGUGAGGUACAGAGCUAA